AUGCAUCACACAAAUAACCAGAUGCUUUCCGACCACGAUCUGCUCCCACGAGGCAGCUGCAACUCUGAGUGCUUCGACGACGAUGGCCGCCCGACGCGAGCAGGGACGGUUUGGAGUGCAAGCGUUUCCAUAACAACGGCUGUGGCUCGCCCGGAGUUUCUGUCCUCGGCAUGGAGCGUUGUUGCACAAUUUGGAUGGGUUGCUGGUCCAGCCGUCAUCAUCUUCUUCUCCCUCGUGACUUACUGCACCUCCGCGUUGCUAUGCGCCUGCUAUCGUUCACCUGUCACUGACAAGAGAAACCAUACUUACAUGGAUGCCAUUCGAUCAAAUUUGGAUGGAGCAAAGGUCAAGAUAUGUUGGGUGAUUCAGUACCUUAACCUUCUUGUAGCAGCCAGCGGGUACGCUGUAUUUGCAUCCCUAAUGAUGAGGGACAUCAACCGGUUCUCUAAAUGUCGAAACGCAGCUAGUGAUGAUGCAUGCUAUGUUAAUUCCAUGCCAUACUUCAUUGCUUUCGCCGUUGCCCAAAUAAUUCUCUCUCAAAUUCCCAAGUUUUCUCAGCAGCGCAGUUUAAUCAUUCUGUGUCUUAUGAUGUUCCUACUUUAUUCAGGAAUCGGUCUUGGCCUUGCUAUCGCUAAAGUUGCAGGUGUGAAUGGGAUAUAUUAUACUGAACGUUCAAUCGGCACAAAGACUCGAGCCCGAAAGAUGUUGAAUAUUUUUCAAGCAAUUGGGGAUAUAGCUCAAGCAUACGAUUUCUCAGCCGUCCUUAUUGAAAUCGAGGACACAGUUAAAUCCCCACCAUCAGAAGCCGAGACAAUGAAAAAGGCCACUCGACGUAGCCUUACGCUCACAACCUUUGUCUCCAUAAUUUAUGGCUGCAUGAGUUUUGCUGCUUUUGGAAAUAACUCCCCUGUAUUCCCCUUUUAUGCGUUCUAUAAACCAUAUUGGCUGCUUAACAUGAUAGCAAGAGCUGCCAUUGUAAUUCAAUUUGCUGGAGGAUACCAAAUCUAUUUGCAACCCAUUUUUGCCAUGGCUGAGGAAACCCUAGCAGAGAGAUUCCUCUAUAAUGAAUUCAUCACCAAAGACAUUAAAAUCCCAACAGGCUGCAGGCGUUUUGGUCCCUACAAACUCAACCUCUUCCGACUGGUUUGGAGGACAGUUUUCGUGAUCAUAAGUACCGUGCUAUCAAUGUUUCUAGCAAUCUACCUCGAUUUGCUUAAACUCGUACAGAUUUUUGCCUUUUGGCCCAUUGCACUUUACUUCCCGGUGGAGAUGUAUAUAGUGCAAAAGAAGAUACCAAAAUGGAGCAAAAGAUGGAUUUGCCUUCAAAUCCUUUGUCUCGAGUGCCUCAUCGUUACCGUAGCGACAGCUGCUGCCUCUAGUGUUGAUCUGUUUAGUAGUGUGUCUAAUUAUUGUCCAUUCAAGCCCAAACAUUUCUAG